AUGGAGGAUCUAAAUAGCCGACGGAGCAAAUGUUCUAAUCACUCGACUACGCGACCAUAUUACACACACACACGCACACACAUACACACACAUCUAUCUAUCUAUCUAUCUAUCUAUCUAUCUAUCUAUCUAUCUAUCUAUCUAUCUAUCUAUCUAUCUAUGUGCACUAUUUCUUUCUUUCUUAAUUUUUCGCUUUCUUUUCUUUACUUUCUUUCGUUCUUUUUCCCCUCUAAUUUUCGUCUUUCUUUGAUCUACUUCUCUCUGGUACUUUACUGUCUAUAUGCUAAUGAUGUUUACCUACCUACCUACUUGAGCUAUGCAUUACUCACAAAAGGAAAAAGAAGUUAUCACAUAAGAACUCUACAUGUUCUCUUUAUCUUUCUUUCCCCCCUCAUAUUUUGCUUUCACUUCUUCACUUACUUACUCUCGUUCUUGAUUUUUUAUAACGCUCUUUUUAUCUAUUACCCUCUAAACUCUAUCGCUUUCCAUGUUAUUUCUUCAAUUAGCAGCUGUCUUUUCCAUUCUUCUUCUUCUUCGUCUUCUUCUUCUUCUUCUUCUUCUUCUUCUUCUUCUUCUUCUUCUAUGUCCCUUCAGAACCCUCCUACUCUUUCCUUGAUAUCUUUUGAAAUUGAAUUCUUCCUUUCUGUUUUCUGUCUAUCGAAUUUUCUCAAAUACAAAUACCAGAGAGGACAUCUUCCCCCGUGUUGA